AUGACUGCCCGAAUCGAGAGCGUGCUCGCAGCCAGAAAGCCCUCCUUGACUGAUGAAAACGACUGGGAGGAGUUCGCCCUGACAGACGUCAAAGUCAGGGUCCCCGGGAAAUCUCGCUUUGCAAAUCUGCUAUCGGCCUCCCCUAAGAAUCCUGUUACAGUCACUGGCCUUUUGGAAUUGGUAGAAAGUGCUCAAGAGUCCCUUGUACUGGAUGAUGACUACCCUACCAAACGAGUGAUUAUCGAAAAUGUGACACAUUAUGCCUAUGGCCAGCAUGACGACGGUGAAGUCGGAAUUUGGGUUGCGGGUGCGCCGGGAUGGUUCGCUAUUUCUCCUGCCAGGGCAUUCAGGCCGAUAUACAGUGAUAUGGCCGAGGCGGUGGACCUCCUGUACUUUCUAGCAGACAAACACCGAGCGAGGGGUCGAAAACGAAAGCAAUUGCAACCUACCAUGGAUCACAUUUUCAACCAGUAUGUGAGACAUACCCACGGAGCCUGUGAGGAUGCAGAUGACGUCGAGGAAGUGCUUGAAAAACAUCAUGCUUUCCUCAUUUCACAAAUGCUACUAGGGAAAGAAAACGUUGAUUGGGCGCCAACUCCCAUAUAUAGAUACUUCGAGGAGAAGCACAAAGAGCUCUUUGAAGAUUCGGGAGCAGCAGAGGCUGCAAGCAGCCCUGAAUCGGAGAAUGAAGAAGAGAGUGAUGAUGAUGAUGAUGAUGAAGCUGACGAAAAGGCCCAGGCGGAUACAAUAUUUGAGGCUAUUUUGGAUAUGAACGAGUCUGGACGGACGUAUAAAGGUUUCAUGACACUGAAAACCACGGCAGAAUACUUAAUGACACGGUUUGAGAUGGAUUCCUUGGAUUAUGCUAUAAAUCUGAUGAAGGCACGAGCGGGAUACUUAAUACAGAUGAUGGACAAUGCCCGGUCUUUGUCAACUGUUGACUGGUCGCGAAAAAGGAUCUAUAAACAACUGAAAACAAUUAAACCCUCAACACCCUUACCGGAUAUUCGCAAUACCCCUUUACAUCCUCGGUCGACAAAUGCCCAAGAAGAUUCCCCAUCUUCUGCUGAGGGAAGCGAAGAAGAUGAAUUACCGAGAAGGAGACGAGCCCAAAUGUCGAUACUGCGACCAAAACUCAGCUCUGCUCCCUCGAAACGCACUGGUGGUAAAUCUAGCAAAAACCCAGCCAGCGAAUCAUCGAGCUCAGACCUUGAGAUGGACAACAUGGAAAAAGACGACACUCCAACCAAGCCUGGAGGCCAUCAAUUAAUACAGAACUCAGCCCUUAUAGUCAUGGACACAACUGCUACUCCGUCCAACCCCCCUACCCCCGAACCUAAUGGAGUUAGGUCCGACGAGUCAUCCAACAAUAUCCUCCCAGCCAGAGGCGACAUUACUACUUCUCUCCCCCCCUCCAAAGAACCUGAUACUGAGUUACCUCCAGACACUUGGGUUUGUCCUGCACUUGGGUGCAACAAAACGAUCUACAAGGCCAGCUCGAAGAGGUCGAAAGACGCGAUCUUCGAUCACUCGCUCGUCCACGCAGAAGAUACGCAAACGAAAUUGAAUCUCGUCGUUUCGGAGCAACGCUUGAAUGUCAAUGCGUGCGUUAGUCACCUUCUGGACAAAAUUAGGGAUUUCGGCUCUCACCAGGAAGGCGCCAGUGAAUCGCUCUUAGAUGAACAUGAUGGUCAUGAUUCAAAAAGAAUCAAAUCUUAA